CUUACAUGUCAGAUAGGAAGGAGUAGGAAGGGGGUACGAGACACGGGGGGUCCAGCACUCACAGCCCGACCACAGAGAGGGAUGGAGACUCGAUCUAGAGAGGAAGAAGAGGGCUGACGUGACUUCUCCUGACAGUGUUUUUCUUUCUAACUUAAACUGUACGAGCCCUGUCUGCGGAUGCAACCUGUCUGUCAUCCCGUCCGUCCCGGUAAUCCUUUUUUUAUUGCAGCGUUUCCUCCGAGGAGGCUCCAGGCAGAGGGGACUACAAUGACAACCUGGUGAAUGCACACGAGAUGGAGUAAAACAUUUAGCAAACGCAGGAUGCGCAUCCCCAGCCCGACAAGGAAGAAGGUAGAGAAACCUGGCUGUUUUUCCGCGCCGUUGGGGAUUGAUCGUUUCCUUCAUCGCCCUCCUGCUGCCGGUGUCGGUGUAUAAUGGAGAGCUCCAAUGGCUCUGGCAGCGACACCAAACCGCAGAACCACCAGUUGGAGAAGAAGAGACUGAACCGAGCGCCUUCCCCGGCCAGACCUUUCCUCAAGGAUGUACACUCCCGCUCCACCAAACCACCUGCCAUCGUCCCCAAAUCCCCCAAACUCAGCAAGCAGCAGCAGGCUGCUUCACUGCCCCUGGCCCAUCCGAACCGCAGCUCAAGACGCAGCACACCCGGGCCGAAGGAGAAACCAGCCACGGCGAAAAGUAACACCAAGUCCUCUGUGGCCAAAAAGCCCACAAAGGUGCCCCAGCAUGCAGCAGCCGAGCCCAAAGCAGCUAGCAUCAAAGCGGACAGCACCAGCAGUCCCAUCCUCGCGAAGAGCAAGAAGGGGAAAGUAGCUUCUCACACGGGCCCACUCAGCCAUGGAUCCCCGAUCCGGGUACCGACCGGGGCGCCUCUCGGCCGGGUCAGCCAGACCGACAGCAGCUCAGACCUGUCAGACUGCCCGUCCGAGCCGCUGUCGGAUGAACAGAGGCUGCAACCAGCCGCUAGCAGCGACGCCGAGUCCGGUACCGGUUCCAGUGACAGGGAUCAUGUGGGAGCGGAUAAUCCUCCGCGGGGGGAAGCGACCGGAGCGGCUACUGCAGCUGCAUCUCCUCCGCCGCGCACAAGCGAGGCUUCGUCCGCAAAGGGAAGCAUGUCUCAGGCUCAGCCCGCUCCGGGGGCGCACGGGGAGAAACAGAAGCCGGAGAAAGCUUCAACAAGCGCACAACUCAGACUGCCAGGACACAAGGAUGUCACCGAGGACGAGCUGCAGAGGGAGGUUGAAGAUUUGAGAUCUGAAAACGACUACCUCAAGGAUGAAGUGGAUGAGCUCCGGGCAGAGAUGGAGGAGAUGCGGGACAGCUACCUGGAGGAGGAGGUGUACCAGCUUCAGGAGCUUCGGAGGGAACUGGACCGCUCCAACAAAAACUGCCGCAUCCUGCAGUACCGCCUGCGAAAGGCCGAGCAGAAGAGCCUGCGGGUCGCACAGACGGGACAUGUGGAUGGAGAGCUACUCCGGAGUCUGGAGCAGGACUUAAAGGUGGCCAAGGACGUGUCGGUGCGUUUGCACAAUGAGCUGGAGAGUGUGGAAGAAAAACGUAGCAGAGCCGAGGACGAGAACGAGCUGCUCAGACAGAAGAUCAUCGAGAUGGAGGUCUCCAAGCAGGCGCUGCACAAUGAGCUGGAGAGGACCAAAGAGACUGCACUGAGGAGACGAGGGAGCAGGGAAACGUUUAAAGACAAGAAGUCAAGUCAGGAGGACAGUGCAGACCUCAGGUGCCAGCUCCAGUUCUCCAAAGAGGAGUCCAGCCUGAUGAGGAAAAAGAUGGCGAAGCUGGGCCGGGAGAAGGACGAACUGGAGCAGGAGCUGCAGAAGUAUAAGUCUGUUUAUGGGGAUGUUGAUAGUCCUCUUCCCCUGGCUGAGUGUGCUGGUGGUGGUCCUCAUACGACGCGGGAGGCUGAGCUGCGACUUCGGCUCAAACUGGUGGAGGAAGAGGCGAACAUUCUUGGCAGGAAGAUAGUAGAGCUGGAGGUGGAGAACCGUAGCCUGAGAGCAGAGAACGAAGACAUCCGCUGUCAGUAUGAAAGAGACUGCUUUGGGCGGGAGCCUUUCUCCAGCAUGCCAUCAUCGCCGUACGGAGGUGAUGCUCUAGAGUCGGCAAGUGAGCUCCGUCGCCAUCUUCAGUUUGUGGAGGAGGAAGCUGAGCUGCUACGGCGCUCCAUCUCUGAGAUUGAGGACCACAACAGGCAGCUGACGUCUGAACUCAACAGGUUCAAGUUUGGUCCGAGCAGCAGCAGCUCUGUUGGCGAGGAGGGAAGCGAGGGGGGAAUAUUUAAACCCGGGGGGAACGGUAAUGGCUCUAGUAGCGGGAUGAUGAUGGAGGAGCUUAAAUCAGCCAGGUUGCAGAUCAAUGAGCUGAGCGGGAAGGUGAUGAAGCUGCAGUAUGAAAACCGAGUCCUCAUGUCCAAUGUGCAGCGCUGUGACCUGGCCGCUCACCUCGGCCUGCGAACUGGAAGCCCUCGAGACAGUGAUGCCGACAGCGACACAGGUAGGAGAGACGCUGCUGAAGAAGAGGAGGCAGGUCGGCUACUUCUCCUCCAUCCAAAGAGGGAGGGUCCUAUUGGAGGGGAGAGCGACUCUGAAGAUAUGUUUGAGAAAACAACCACCACCUCAGGGUUCGGAAGCAUCAAACCUUCAGAUGGCAGUGAGCUUAGCGCCACAGAGCUGGCCAACCGCAGGAGGGAAGAGCGGGAGUCAUUCACAAACGUUAAACGUGAGGCGGAGAGGCUCGGGAAGACCGUAGACCGCCUCAUUACAGACACGGACAGUUUAAUCUUUGAGGGUAGGCUGCUGGUGACAACAGGCGAGAGUCUGGAAGGAGGGGCAGCAUCAGGAAGUAAACCAGACACUCAAGUCCUGGACACCAUCAACACCCGCAUGAAGGCUUUCCGCACAGAGCUACACAUCUUCAUGGAGAAGCUGGACCAUGUAGGGGAGGGGCUGAGAGAAAGGACAGAGGAUCUGUCGCCCAUGCCAAACCUCACAGAGUCCAGCAGCUUUCUCUCCACGGUCACGUCCAUGUCUCGGGACUCUCCCAUUGGCACCUUUGGAAGGGACCUGGUGACCGACUUCCAGUCCGGUCAGAGGGAUGAGCUGGAGUGGCGUCUAGGACAGGAGCGAGGCGUGGAACCCCAGAGCCAGAGCCAGGGUGGGGGCCAGGCCCAGAGCAGGGGAGCCCCGGGACUCACUAGGUACCACAGGCCCCUGGCUUUAAGAGCAGAGCUCCGGGACACGCCUGCUGCUGACAUCCAGUUUCGUCUGGAUCAUGAACGAAGGCUGCGAGCAGCGACAGAGGAGCGGGAGGCUGUCGUCUCUCUGCCUCAGCAGGAAGAUGAGCGUUUGCGCCUGGAGGCCCAGCGUGGAGGUCUGGAGCUGCAGGGACUUCAGAGUCACGAUGUACCCUGGACUCAGGAGAGAGCCAUGCUGCAACAAGAGGUCCGCCUCUUCAGACGCAACACCAUCAUCUUCUACAUGAAGCUCAGGUCCAUCCUUAUGCACUGGAGGCUCGAACGCAGGGACGAGUCUGGAGAGGAGACGGGGCAUCAAGAGUUUGAGAAGUUGGAGGGCAUCCCAGAGCUUGGCGCGAUCACGGAGCAGGCGGAGGGGGAGGCGGAAAGAGACGACAGACUGUGUUUACCUCAGACUUCAGGGGACGCCCGCGACACCGGGCCCUUCAUCCCGCUGCCGUCACCUGAUCGUCACCUGCAGCAUCAAAGACAGUUUGGGGAGAACCGUCAAGUCCUGCAGGCUCUGCGGACGCUGCUGGAGGAGUUUCGGGAGGAGCUGCGGGAGGAGGAGACGCGGAGACGGCAGCUACAGCAGUCCUACGCCAAUGACAAAGCCGCCUGGGAGGUCAAGUGGGCAGAGAUGAAGUGCCAGGUUGCACAGUUGGAGGCGGAGAAGCCAGGCCAAGUGCGAGGCGAGGCUCAGGGAGACGAAGGAGAACCAUCAGGAGGCCCUGAGCGGGCCUUGAAGCAGGAGCGCGAGGAGCACCAGCGUCUCCUGGCUGAGAGUCACAGCACCUCCCUGGACCUCCGCUGGAAGCUUCAGCACGGAGAGAAGAGGUGGAGCCGCGAGAGGGCCGAGCUCCUGGAGCGCUUCGACAAGGAGCGGCAGGAGUGGGAUGGCAGCAUGAGGGAGCUCCACCGCAAGAUGGAGAGGAUGCAAAGAGAGCUGAACACCAGGCGAGGCGAGGGCAUCGACAUUAAAGACGCUCACAGGGGAGUGUUUUCGCCUCAGGACAGUCCGUGUAACGCCCCCCGAUCUCCUCGCUCCCCACGUUCACCCUGUACGUCCACGCCUGUCUCUGCCCUGCCCACACGCUCCCAUUCUGACUCUGAGGCCAUGCUGGAGGAACAGGGUGCCGCCAUGAGGCUGAAGGGACCAACAGAGAACCUGUUCCUAGAUGCUCUGUCUCUGGACCCCCUCAGCUGCCUGGAGGUGCCGCCUCCAUCCAGACUGGAGAGCGAGAAGAGAUUCCCUUGCUUAAAGGAGGCUCUGAAUGAGAUUUCAGAGAGAGAAGGCUCUCCCGAGUAUCCAGAGGAGGAAAUGGGUGGAGGAAGUCUGCUCAGAGCUAAGUCCGUGUGCUCCAUGAGCGACUUCCAACGGUUAAUGGACAGCUCACCAUUCCUCCCUGACAAGACUCGUCACGGUGAUCAGGGCCAAGACGACAUCACCCCUCCUCUGUCCCCGGACGACCUCAAGUACAUCGAGGAGUUCAACAAUAAGGGCUGGGAUUUCCCAUCAUCCACCUCUGGUCCAGGUCCACUAAGGGAAGCAUGGCCUGACAGACCGCCUGAGGCCCGGGGAGGGGAGCCCACUCUCAAUCCAUUCCAGCCGGCCUCCUGGUUCCUCACCACCAGUGCCACCUUGACCACCAGCACCCUUAGCAGCCCCGAGCACUGCCACAAGUCCCCACUGAGGGGCAAUGGAGCAGGGGCAGCAGGGGUGGGACUGGAUAGCUGUGGGGUUCACAUCCUCCACAGUCCCACAAGGCCUGGAGCAGCUGAGCGCCCUACUGCCCAAGACGCAGACUUCCUGUACGCCAAAGGGACCAAAGCCAGGGGAGGAGGAGAGAUGGGGGUGGGACCCAGCGGGCCUGAUGAGGUCUUCAGCAGUGGGAGGUGGCCUUGUGGGCUUCUAGAGGGAGGGGGGUUGAGGACUUCUCCUAGCCAGUCUCCUAUCUACACUUCCUCUUUGGAGCUUCAGCUCUCCAGGAACCUGAGUGACGACAUGAAGGAAGUGGCAAUUUCUGUGAGGAACGCCAUUCGCUCCCCACCAGGACCAAUUGUCCGGGACUCUGCCUGCCAAACCAACGGGUUCACCACUCGAGGCACUCAGACCACUCAGACCAUCAGUGUGGGUCUACAAACAGACCUGCUGAGAAACCUGACCAGCAGCCCCCACCGCUGCCUCACACCCAAAGGUGGUAGCACGCCUAUAUCAUCCCCGUCACGCAGCACGAGAAAGGUUCAAUACUCACCGGUGAUCCAGAGUAAGUUUGAGCGACCGUGCUGCUCGCCAAAGUAUGGCUCACCCAAACUUCAGCGUAAACUGUCCACAUCCAAUAAGGGGGAGCUACCCAACACCAGCCGUGCUCCCACACCCACCACCCCACAGAAGGGCAACAACGAGUCGGCGUGGGCUCGCUCCACCACCACUCGCGACAGCCCUGUCCAUACCACCAUCAACGAUGGCCUCUCCAGCCUCUUCAACAUCAUCGACCACACCCCUGUAGUCUACGACUCCAUGCAGAAGUUCAACAAGUCCCCCAGUCGGUCCCGCCCCACCCCUCCCUCUAACGAACCAGGCGACCCCAGGAGCUCACAGGAGUGCUUACGGACCGCUCGUGGGCGCUCGCCCAGCCCUGUGCAGCUGAUAGUUGAGACACAGGGGGACAAAAACCAGGAAGUGGUGAGCAUUCGGCAGGACCUGUCGGCCCCGCCGGGCUACACGCUGGCUGAAAAUGCAGCUCGCAUCCUUAAUAAGAAGCUGCAGGAGCAGAACUUUAGAGAGGAGAGGAGGCUGCAGGCCGGAGCUCAGAGCGGCCACAGCAGAGACAACAGCAAGCAGGCCGACUCAGACAGAGGACAGUCUGGAUGUAUGGAGGACCUGCCUCGCUCUCCGGUGGCCCCGCCCCUCGACGCCUGCUUCCAGAGACCGGCCCGCCCGGCCAACCAGCGACCACCAUCGAGGUGGGCAGCCCACUCCCCCUCUUCCUCCCCAAAGUGGAGCGAGGGCACGAAGAGGAGGUUCACCUUCCCGCCGCCGGGGCACCGCAAGACCAUCCUGGAGGGCGAGGAGCUGAUCUGAGACCAAGUCCUCUACCUCCGCUCUCACUCUGCUCCACCUCAGCCUAAAAAGACCCAGUACCUCAGAAAUCCCCCCGCCACACAAACCCAGAGACUCCAAAGAGGCGGAGCCUGACGCGGGGGGUUUCAUGAUCCACCCAGUAGCACCAGCUGACCAUCGAUGAACCAGAAGAACCUGGAAUGUACUGUAAUAUCAUAGAAAAAAGACAUUUCCAUCAGAGGUGCCUGCACACACUUGAGUUACUCAUCACCCCACACGUGUGUUUAUAUGUAUUUAUUACAUAUAUGUAUAUUUUAGUCGCAUUUUUGACUCUUUGUUUCAGCUGAAAACUGAUGAUCAGCUGCUGGAUUUAUAAGAUGUUUACACCUUUUUGUUUACAUUUUUCUUUUUCUACAUAAAAUCUUUUAUUUUGUCCUGAUCAAUACAUGUUCAAAAUCUUGUUUUGCAAUAAGAUCAUCCCUUUAUUUUUUUUUUUUUGUUGCCAGCGUUUCAAGCUUGACUUUUUUGUUUUUUUGUUUUUUUGUUUUUUUUGUCACAGAGAAUGGAAAGACACAAGCAGGCAAACAAACAAAAAACAAUUUCUGCUUCUUUAGGUCUGAAGCAGAGACAUGAUGUCAUUUCUGAUGCUAAUGUACUUUAUUUAUUUUACGUUGGGAUGAAUGUUUGACUCAUGUAAAAGAAGGGUGAUGACAAACUGAUUAACUUUAUGCAUAUUUGGAAGGCAGUUGUACAAAUAUCAGCGAAAUAUUUGCAUGCCUUUUGAACACUAGCACUUUAGUGCAUGUACAUACGAGCUCUAGUCUUUUGUGAUCACUCGGCUCCGCUGUGGGGGGAAAAAAUGUCGUGAUGGGAACUCUUGAGCUGUUGUUUUUGUCGUCACAUGAUUUGCAUCGACUCAAAUAAGAUUUUUAAGUAAAUUAUUGUACCUACUGGGCUGUCUUUGUACAGUUGUUACUAUUGGAUAUGAAUUACUUUUUUUCUUUUGACAGGAAAAAAGGGAUUGUGGGAAAAAUAUGAAUGUUUUAAAUGAAGUCUAUGUCAAAAAAG